UAUCGACUGGUGAUAAAGCAAAAUUCAGUAAUAAAAAGUAAAUAAAAUUCACACGUGGAAUAAAAAUAAUAAGCCACGCAUACAGCUGUGAUUGGUGACUGCUUGUAGAAAUAAUAGUAACAAUAAUCAACUCCCGGUGUAAAUCAUAACCUUUUAAAAAAUAAUAAAAACAAUCCAGCAUACGUGUCAAAAUAAGUAAACAAAAACUAAAAUUAAUUUAAAUAUCAAAAUGACGAUUAUAAAUAAUAAUACAAAAUUUAUAAUAUAUGCAGCUGGUAUAUUUGUGUGUUAUUUUUAUUUUGGAGUAUUACAAGAAAAAAUAACUCGUGGUGAAUACAAAGAUGGUGAAAAAAAUGAAAAAUUUACUUAUAUGUUUGCAUUAGUAUUUUUUCAAUGUUUAGUUAAUUAUGCGUUUUCGAAAUUACUAUUAAUGACAAUUAUGAAAGAAAAAGAUGAUAAUACCAAAACAAUAUAUUAUGCAUCAUCAGCAAUGACAUAUCUACUUGCAAUGGUUUGUAGUACAAUGGCAUUAAAAUUUGUUAGUUAUCCAACUCAAGUUGUUGGUAAAGCUGGUAAACCAAUUCCAGUAAUGUUACUUGGUGUUUUACUUGGUAAAAAGUCUUACCCAAUGAGAAAAUAUGUUUUUGUAUUUUUAAUUGUUCUUGGAGUAAUAUUAUUUAUGUUUAAAGAUGGUAAAACAUCUGAAAAACAAACAGAACAAUUUGGUCUUGGUGAGGUAUUGCUAUUGUUGAUUGUCUUAGGUACUGUUUAAAUGAUGUUGAAUAUGAAUUUUUGGUCAAUAAUAUUUAGUGGUGCUGUUAUUUUAUUCACUGGUGAAUUUAUGGAAUUUAUUGGCUUUAUACAAAGACAUCCAAUAUCACUUUGGCAUAUCAUGACAUUCUCAAUGGCUGGUGCAUUUGGACAAUUUUUUAUAUUUUCAACUGUUGCACAAUUUGGUCCACUUCCAUGCUCAAUCAUUACAACAACUAGAAAAUUCUUUACUGUUUUAGGAUCUGUACUAUUAUUUGGUAAUAAUUUAUUUAUGCGACAAUGGAUUGGUACUGUUAUUGUCUUUGUUGGACUUUUUUUGGAUGCAGCAUAUGGUAAAACAAAAUCAAUUAAAAAAGAAACAAUUAAAUAAUUUUUUUUUUUUUUUAAAUUUAAUUAAUAGAAUUUUUAAC